AUGUCGUGUGUACUCCACUUCAUCGCUUGGGCCACCGCACAGCUGCCGGCUCGCUCAUGUCGGGGAAAAGUCCAACGAGCUUGCGGACGACCACAGCUCUUCUCUACCCAAUCAAUCCGCUUUCUGCCAUCGGCAACUUGCCCAGCGUCGCCCAUCAUACUUGCCUUCGCCCCCACACGUUCUCUGUUCAAGAUGGCCCUCAAGACCGAUGCCAACUGCAUCUUUUGCAAGAUCAUCGCCGGCCAGAUCCCAUCGCUCAAGCUGUACGACUCGGACAAGACGUACGCUUUCCUCGACAUUGGUCCUAUCUCGGAGGGUCAUGCGCUUGUGAUUCCCAAGCAUCACGGCGCUAAGCUGCAUGAUAUCCCAGAUGAGCACCUGACCGAGCUGCUUCCGGUCGCGAAGAAGAUCGCAAUCGCCACAGGCGCAGAGCAGUACAACGUCUUGCAGAACAAUGGCCGCAUGGCUCAUCAGAUGGUCGACCACGUUCACUGUAAGUGUCACGCACCGAGCAAGUAG